AUGAGGUACUUAUAUGUCAUAAAAACCAUUGAUUGGCUAACUCUUGGGAAGCUCUUACCCCGAAACCAAAAGAAAAUUGCAAACUCCCUCAAGUCCUGUAAUAAGACUCUCUACAGCAGGUUGGCUAUUCUGUCUGAGAAACCACCAGUGAUUGGCUGGGCUUACAACAAGGCCAGUGCGGCCAAGGAGAGUUUGGUGGAUGAUUUUGAAAAGAAGAAAAACACCCUGAAGAUGCCUGUGCCUGAAGAUAAAUACACAGCCCUGGUGAACAAGAAGGCAAAGAAGGAUGUGAAGAACUGUGCUGAGUUCCAGUCUGGAUCCCAGGUCAGGCUCCAGGAAUAUGAGAAGCAGCUGGGGAAAACGAAGAACAUAAUUCCCUUUAACCAGAUGACCAUUACUGACUUGAGGGUAGCCUUCCCAGUAACCAAGCUAAACAAUUAA